UUACAGCACUGGCCAUUCCUGAGAGUUGGGCAUUUUUUUGACAAUCAUGAAGACGAGCCAUCUCCUCUAAUAUGCAAUCCAGCAACCCUAAAACUGAGGAUGACUCUGUUAAUCUACCCUCGACCUCUGGUAACACUGAACCCUCAUCCAACACUCAACUGGCUCCUAAGAAGAAUCUACCCCCUCCGCCAAUCAAGGUUAUGACACUGGCCAUUCCUGAGAGUUAGGCAUUUUUUUGACAAUCAUGAAGACGAGCCAUCUCCUCUAAUAUGCAAUCCAGCAACCCUAUAACUGAGGAUGACUCUGUUAAUCUACCCUCGACCUCUGGUAACACUCAACCCUCAUCCAACACUCAACUGGCUCCUAAGAAGAAUCUACCCCCUCCGCCAAUCAAGCGUUUCUCCAAUGGAAAUUAACAAUGAGAUUGCCUCAUCUUCAAAUGUUGAAAAUCCAGUUAAGGAAACGAUUGUGAAUAAUAAUAGCUCCAACCCUCAGGUACCUAAAAAUAAUAAUAAUAAUAAUAAUAAUAAUAAUAAAAAAAAUCAAGUGCCUCUGGAAAUUGGACAAAGUAAUAAUUGUGCCAAUUAUUAUUGGAGCAACGGGGGAGAUUCCUGAGAAGUUGUUUGAUAGUCUUAGGAAGAUCAACCUUAGAGAGAAGCUAAAUCAACAAUUGCAGAAAGCAGCUUUGCCAGGGAGCUGCAGGAUUGUGAGGUGAGUUCUGGGUGAUGGAUAGUUACCACCAACCGAUAGAUUAACCUGCAUUUUAAACUUCAACUUUUAAUUUCUACCCCAACUUUAAAGUUUUAACUCCAAUUUUAAAGUUUUAACCCCAAUUUUAAGUUUUUUACUCCAAUUUUAAAGUUUUAGUCCCAAUUUUAAAUUUUGUACUUCAAUUUUAAAGUUUUAAUCCCAAUUUUAAAGUUUUAAUCCCAAUUUUUAAUUUUUACUUCAAUU